AUGGAUGAUGCUUCUCUGGAAAUCGAUGUUUCGGAUUCAGAAGAUUAUGGACGAGAAGUUUCUGAGGUUGGUGAACAAGAGAGUGAUGCAGAGGAAACAUUUGGUUUGGGACCUUUUCGUGGACAUGAUGUUGUGGAUACGUAUCGAUGGAAAGAAGCUCUUACGACCAUGAUAUCGUGGACACGAUUCGAUGAUCAGAUGUUCCGAUGGACAUAA